AUGGUCGGCCCUAAGCCGACCAAGGCUUGUGUAAAUUGCCGACGAUUGAAGAUGAAAUGUGAAGUAUCUGGACCUCCUCCAUGUCGCCGUUGUCGUCACACUCGAACAGCCUGUGUCUUCAAGCCCCGGGCCAAUGCAUCUGCGAUGUAUGAAUUAAUGGAGAUGCAACAAGACCAGGCUUUUGCUUCUCUACCAAUGAUUCCGGAUCACCAGUCAAUCCUGAACCGGCUGGCCAGGAUUGAGGCUGCGCUGGGUAUCACUGAUGAACCCCAAGACCCCCAGGGCCCCGAAGAUGAAUGUAGCAUGUCUCGUGAGGUAAGUCUCGAAGAAGAGAUUGACGGCGUGGCACUACAUGGCGUAUGGACUGCGCUUGCACAUUUACGAGUCAUUACUCGUCCGGCUCCAGAUGACAGUGUCUGGUCGCGAUCAGUUGUUCAGCAACUAUGGAGCUCCUUCUUGAAAGAUCUCCCACUUCUUCACUUUCUAACAGACCACGGCGCGUUCGGUUCUCCGACCCCCGUAUUGCUCGCUUCUGUGCUCUACAUAUCUGCUCUGCACCAUCCGUCUUCUGGGCUGGCAUCAUUGGACUCCGGAUAUCUUGCCGCUAUUUAUAGUGCUAUCGCUGAGCUUGUGACCCCGUCUAUGCACCCAAGUUCCCUGCAAGAGCAGAAGAACGAAGAGCAUCCACAAUCCAAAAGAGAGAAAGCAUUCCACGAUAUCCUUGGAUUGAUCAUGGCUAGUCUGAGCUGCGAGGCAUACGUUGAUGCCACAGGCUCUUGGAUUGCAAUGGCAUAUCGUCUCUGGCUUGAUCAUUGUCCAGUAGAUAUGACUUCCACUACGCAAGAAUGGCGGGGCUUGUUCUCCGGUCUUCAGGUCAUUGACAUCGAACACGCCUCAAUGCAUAUGUCCUAUCCACUCCUCCCACGACAUGCUGCAACUCCAAACAUGCAGCGGCUGGACAGCCAGCAGGGAAAUGCCUUCCAGGGCCUUGCCGAAAUGAUGCACUUUGGACUGAGCCAUUUUGUCAGCCGUGGGCUACCGAGCAUAUGGUCCUCUAUGAAUGCAGAUGAUGCGGACAGCGUGCCUACAGCGCGGUCCCCAUUUACCGAAAAUGACUUGCAGGUUAUCCGGCAUUGGGCACGGAAACUUGAUGACUGGCUGGUGCGAUAUAAUGGCUUAUCCCAGCCCACUCCGUCUGAUCGACAAGGUAUUCUCAUUCUACUCCAAUAUCACCUACACAAAUUAUAUGUGCUUUCUAUCUAUCACCCUGCUCGUGGAUUUGAUCUCAGCCCCGCGAACAUUAGUUCUUUUGAGCGACAUGAGCUACUCGUUUCGGCUCGAGCAGUGUUGAGGCUGAGACAAGAUGAUGCGAGCAUAUGGUCCAAUUGGGACUUGGUUAUGAUUACAUGGGCAGCCGUAUUACUUCUUCAAGGUGUUGAAGACGGCAUGACUCACCAAGAUGAUUUGCAUCUCAUCCAAGCACACCUCCAAAGCCUAGAGCGAAGAAACCAGUCCGCUGCAAGCAUUCAUACCAUUCUAUUUCACAGGCUCGAGUCCAGUAUGCAAGCCAUGCAUACUCCCCCUGAAACAAGUGUGGCAUUGGCAUUCCCAGGCCCAAGCGCAGACGAUUCAUGGACUAUAUUUGACCAGGAGAUAAUGUCUCUUGCAAACCCACCGUGGUUAUUCGAUGAAUCAACGCAGUUACCACAGAUGCAGAAGACUGCGAUGCGUCAGUUACAGCCUGGACUCCCACCUUUCCAGUACGACUCUACCAUUCUAGCAACUACAUCCCAACACUUUGAGCCAAAUACACAGUAA